AUGUCUCACUCUUACAACUACGCAAACGCUGGUUCUCCAAGCGCACUAAACAAUCCUCAAUACAAUGGCAGCUUGUCAGCUUACCCAGCCACGGAACUCAACAACACAUUGCUUCAAGAUGCUCCGCUGGGUGCCUGUCUUACUCUGGAUUUCGAUGGCUUCGAUUUUCUGAAAUUGGACCCGCUGGCUGCCGACAAUGAUUAUGGAACACAGAAUGUGAAUUACGAAGAGGGUCAAGAUUUUAGUGGGUCAGAAUUUCCAGUCUUGAACGCGCUGGUUGCCGAAAAUUCUGCUCAUGGAACACAGAGCAUGAACAUCUUGCAGGAUCAAGAUUUCAAUGGCUCGGAGCUUCCAACAUCGAACGUUCAGGAUGCCCACAAUCUUGGUCUUGGAACUCAGAAUACCUCGCAGGGUCCAAAUUUUGUCAGGCCGGAUGAACACAAUCUUAAUGACCGAGCAGUGGACAAUAGCUUGUUGGGUCAAAGGCUCUUCUCGUUCGGUGGAAGCUCCCAGGAUCAAGGCCACACAACACAGAACAUGGCACUGGCGGAUGAAGCGAACGCCAAUCAUUUCUUUGAAGACGACUCUGGGGGAUUCGAUGGGAACUCUGAUCCCUCCCCUGCCACCCAGGACGACAGCACCGCAAUGCCGUCGAACUUUGUUGACCUUUUCCAGGACGAUACCAAUGAGACACAGAUUCCCUUGACCAACACUCCCGCCUCCCCUGCUUCGGCCACUGGCAGUCGCACUGAUGAGCAGAUCGAGCUCAACCAGGAGAUAUCCCCUUCACCUCACCUCAGCAAUGCUAACCCGCCAGAAGAUGGUAAUUCCCACCGCAUCGACCCAAACGUUCUCGAUGAAUUCUUCGAGCAGGAGCGCAAUCGCAGCCAGGAACCAGCCAGCACAUCCCACAUCGGCAAUACUAAACAGACGCAGGUUUCUCAUGAUCUUGACAAUGAGGUUGAAAGUUUGGAGACUUUUCUCAAGCAGCUGAACGAAGACCACGAAAAGUAUGCCAAGGCAUCAGCCAUUAUGGAUUCCACAUAUACCGAGGUUGCAAAGAUUUCCGCGCAGUCUGCAGGCAUUCCUGCGCCUGAUUCAAAGCCAUCUGGUGCCCGGAACAAGCAUCGACCUGCUCCGAUUUCAACGGGUUAUCAGGAUGUGCACCAGCCAGGUUCAGUUCCCAGUGGUUAUCAGAACAUGACCCGCCCUACUUCAGGCACAAAUGGUUAUCAGAAUAUGCAUCAAUCUACUUCAAUUCGGAAGGGUUUGCAGAGCAUGGCACGUCCUGCUUCAGGCACAAAUGAAUACCAGAACUUCGCCCGUCCUACUUCGGGUACAAAUGGUUACCAGAACAUGGCCCGCCCUGCUUCAGUUCCCAAUGGUUAUCAGAACAUGGCCCGUCCUGUUUCAGGCACAAACGGUUAUCAGAACAUGCACCGCUCUGCUUCACACCCAGCUGAAUCUCAGGACAUGCCUCAACCAGCCUCAAAGCCAAUUGGCUCCCAGAAGAUGCCCCGGUCUGCUUCGAAGUCAGAUGGUGCCCAGAAGAUGCCCCGAUCUACUUCAAAGCCAGCUUGUUACGAGGACAUGCCUCAACCAGCCUCAAAGCCAAUUGGCUCACAGAAGAUGCCACGGUCUGCUUCAAAGUCAGCUGGUGCCCAGAAAAUGCCCGAGCCUUCCCCACCCCUUUAUUUACAUCCAAACAUCUUCCAGCUUGCAUAUCAAUCUGCUCCUCAGAUAGACGUCGAUAUUAUCAUGACCGAAGCGACCUAUUUUCCACUCGAAGAUAACUUCAAUCCACCCGAUCCCACUGCUCCUCUACCCAUCUACAAACCCUACGCCGGCCUCUUUGGUACCUCUGAAGCAGCAAAGAGACACCGCAAGAGCACCCGCAUUGUUCCCAAGAAGUAUGCAGCUGACAUUGAACGUGUUAUUCGCUUUGGCCGCGACUACUGGGUCCGCCGCAUCUACGAGGCCAUGAUCGACGUCUCCGACAUCUCCGACAGCGACUCGUCUAUUCACCGACAGCGCUUCACGAAGCAGGGCAUGGACAAGACCUUCACAGCCAUCGAUCUCGAAGCCGCAGCCCACCACGUCUUCGACAAAGCCAUCGCCGUCCACACGCGCGGCUGGCACCGACCCAAGCUCUACCACAAGCUGGCCAUGCGUGGCAAAAUGUUCGACUUGACCGAGUCGAGCUUGGAGGCCCGCCUCAGCCAGAUUUGCAAGUGCCUCAAGCGCACAAAAGCUUCGGUCGACGACGCGGUUCGUGGAGGCGUGACGCUGGCUUUGUUGUGCGAUAACCCGGUCGCCAGGGGAUUCACCAAGGAGUCCAACAAUGCGGGCAACAAGGCGCGUGGGCAGCGGCUGAAGGAGCAGGCUAAGAACACGAAGCAGGGUAAGGCCAGGGCGAAGUCCAAGGGCAAGGGCAAGGCUGAGGCUGAGCAAGAAGCUGAGCAAGAAGCUGAGGCGGAAACUGAGCAAGAGGAUGAGUCGGAAGCUGAGCAAGAGGACAGUGGCGACGAGGAGUGA